GCCUCUAGCCAGCUGUCCGAAUGAAUGAGGCGGAGGAUCUCCAUCAUUGCUUCUCAGUGAUAUAACAGCAAGGAUAUUCAUUUCACUAACAGUAUCUUUAGAUAUCACAAUGCAGACCCUCACACCCCACGUGUAUUGGGCACAGCGGCAUGGAGACAUCUACCUGCGUGUGGAGCUGAGUGACGCUAAGAAUCUUGAUAUCUGCGUGCAAAACAACACCCUGCAAUUCAAAGCUCAGGGUCAUGGAGCUAAAGGAGACAAUGACUAUGAGUUCAGUCUGGACUUCCUGGAACCAGUAAAACCUGAGGUUAGUCACAGGUCGACCCAGCGCCUGGUAAAUGUGACAGUGAGGAAGCAAGAGCAGCGUUGGUGGGAUAGACUCACUCUGCAGGAGAGGAAACCUCUCUUCCUGACGCCAGACUUCGACCGUUGGCUCGACGAAUCAGACGCGGAGAUGGAGCUUCAGGCUAAGGAAGAGGAGAAGAUAAACAAGGUCAGCAUCGAGUCAAGAAUCCAUAAAGACCCCUACCUGGGUCUAAAGAAGGGCUAUCUGUUCAUGUACAACCUGGUCCAGUUCCUGGGCUUCUCCUGGAUCUUUGUCAACAUGACCGUCCGUCUCUUCAUCCUGGGACAAGACUCGUUCUAUGACACGUUCCACACCAUUGCUGACAUGAUGUACUUCUGUCAGAUGAUGGCCGUAGCAGAGGUCAUGAACCCUCUAGUGGGUCUGGUCAAGACAGGGGUGUUCCCAGCUAUGAUCCAGGUGGUGGGUAGGAACGUAAUCCUGUUUGUGAUCUUCGGUAGUCUGGAGGAGAUGCAGAACAAAGCAGUGGUCUUCUUCGUCUUCUACCUCUGGAGCACCAUAGAGAUCUUCAGGUAUCCAUUCUACAUGCUGGCCUGCAUCGACACAGACUGGAAGCUGCUGACCUGGCUCAGAUACUCCAUCUGGAUGCCCCUCUACCCUCUGGGGGUGCUGGCAGAGGCUGUAGCUGUGAUCCAGUCCCUGCCUAUCUUCGAUGAGACCCGUCUGUACAGCAUCCCUCUACCUACGGUCCUGGGCUCGUCCGUCAGCUUUUCCUUCACUCUGAAGAUCUACCUGGUCCUCAUGUUCCUCGGCCUGUUCAUCAACUUCCGCCACCUGUUUCGCCAGAGGAGGAGACGAAUGCGCUCCAGGAAGAGGAAAAUGAACUAACGGAUAGAAAGACAAACCUCACGAUCUCUCCAGUCUCACUGCUGGUUGCCUUUUCACCUCUCUCCUCUCCUCACACCCCUCUCCUCACCUUACACCUCUCCUCUGUCCUCCCUCCCCUCUCCUCUGUCCUGUCUCUCCUCCCCUCUCCU